AUGGCAACGGUAACGCUGAGUGAAGUGGCCAAAUCUCGUCCUAAGCGGGCGCCGCCGUCACCUCCCGAGUCGUCCAGACCGCCAUCCAAGCGAGCCCGCACCCUCACCGAGUCUGAGGCCACCGCCAGGACCAACACCACCACCGUACCAGCCAACGUAUCCGAGGUCACCAGGAAGCUGCGCCGGAGGGAUAAGCAGAGCCCUCCCCCGCCUCAGGACAGGAGUACGCCGCCAUGGGAACCAAACCUUCUCACAGGCCUGCCGUGCGGCCUGCCCAAACGAGAACCCGUCAUCGACGCUGAGGAAAGAUGUGGAAAGAGCCUAGAAGAAUCAUGUAAACGAUCGCUGGAUCACUUCCCCAAUCCUGCCUUCGCCUUUCCGACUCCCACCUUGGAGUUCGAUUUCCGUUUAGCAGUGACCCUGCGCCCGGAGCCCGCCCACGUCCCGGGGCGAGCACACAAGGAGAUCACCGCCAUCUCCUCGGGUACCUGGUCUGGCUCAUUCGGACAUGGACAAGUCAUGACUGGAGGCUACGAUCUCGGGCAAGCAAGAGGCUUUCGCCCCAUCCGCAUUGUCGAGGGCGCCUUCAUCAUGAGGACCACUGACGAACCACCAGCUGUUUUGGAGAUGAGAACCCGAGGCUCACUCUCAGGGCCCUGCGAGAUUCUCGACGCGCUCCUCAGCUCACGGAAACCAAGGGAGAUUGAUCCUCGAAAGUACGGCUUCCGCAUGUUCCUCACCAUCAAGACGACGGACAAGCGCUACGCCGACAUUGUCAACUGCGGCCUGUGGGUCGCCAGCGGUGUGUGGCGGGGCGAGGAGCUCAUCAUCGAUGCCUUCCGUGUCGCGUGA